AUGGCGCCAUCGAUGAGUCUGCGGGCAAGGGGACCAUGUACCGUGGAGGUGCUUGUUUUGGCCUGGGCGUUGUGUGUGGUUCUGGUCACGGCGGCGGCCCAGAAGCCAUCCAUCACGGUGGAUGAGGUUGGCACGUUGUUCAUCAACUCGACUGAGAAGGUGGUGGUCAAUGGUGUCGACGUAAUGGCGGCCUUUGCUUACCUACUUGAAGCGGCGACAAGCACGCCGUCAAGCGUGCCACAACUCAUCAUCUCCACCGCCGUUCGUGGCCCCGACUCGGUGUAUGCGGCUGAUCUGGACGGCGACGGUGAUCUCGACGUUCUCAGCGCUAGCAGCGAUGACAAGAUUGCUUGGUACCGGAACAACGGCAACGGCACCUUUUCUGCCCAGAUCGUCAUCUCCACCGCUGCUGACGGCGUCACCUCGAUGUAUGCGGCUGAUUUGGACGGCGACGGUGAUGUCGAUGUGCUCAGCGCCAGCUGGAACAAGAUUGCUUGGUAUCGGAACAACGGCGACGGCACCUUCUAUUACAGGCAGAUCGUCAUCUCCACCGCUGAUGAUGGCGCCCGCUCGGUGUAUGCGGCAGAUCUGGACGGCGACGGUGAUCUCGACGUUCUCAGCGCCAGCUAUGGUGACGACAAGAUUGCGUGGUAUCGGAACAACGGCGAUGGCACCUUUUCCACCCAGAUCAUCAUCUCCACCGCUGCUGACGGUGCCUUCUCGGUGUAUGCGGCAGAUCUGGACGGCGACGGUGAUCUUGACGUCCUCAGCGCCAGUGAUAAUGAUGACAAGAUUGCGUGGUAUCGGAACAACGGCGACGGCACCUUCUCUGCCCAGAUCAUCAUCUCCACCGCUGCUGAUUAUGCCAUCUCGGUGUAUGCGGCAGAUCUGGACGGCGACGGUGACAACGACGUCCUCAGCGCCAGUGUUAAUGAUGACAAGAUUGCGUGGUAUCGGAACAACGGCAACGGCACCUUUUCUGACCAGAUCAUCAUCUCCACCGCUGCUGACGGUGCCCGCUCGGUGUAUGCGGCAGAUCUGGACGGCGACGGUGAUCUUGACGUCCUCAGCGCCAGCCUCAACGACGACAAGAUUGCGUGGUAUCGGAACAACGGCGACGGUAGCUUCUCUGCCCAGAUUGUCGUCUCCACCACCGCUGAUGGCGCCCGCUCGGUGUAUGCGGCAGAUCUGGACGGGGACGGUGAUCUUGACGUCCUCAGCGCCAGUGGCGGCGACAAUAAGAUUGCGUGGUACCGCAACGAUGGCCAGUGGGACUGGAAAACUCGCUUUAAUUUGCCCUAA